GGUUAAACCGCCAAGCGUCGGCAGAGCGUCACUUCCGGGUCCGGUCGGGGCCUAGUCAACAGGACGCUGCCCCAGGAAGAGUCCAUUGCUGUGGCUGAUGGCCUCUCCAGAUAACAAUGAAUAAGCUGGAUCUCCUCUUUACAACACUGAGAAGAUCAAGGAAGAAGAUUGUCCUAAUUUUAUACCAGAAGAGGCACUUAGCACUGGAAGUGUGAGCACCAGUACGGCCACUGACAACAAGAAUAAAACUUUUUGAACAGGAUGAUGGCCAUAGAGGUAAUGGUGGCUGCAGAUCUAAAUCCCCAGAUCCAGGCUUUGUGGGAGAAAGAAAAAAAUCUAAAAGAGACUUCAAUCCAGAGUCAGGAAUCUGUCCUACAGAAUGCUAAAUCUGCUUCUGAGACCUGCCGACAGAGCUUUAGGAGCUUCCAGUACCAGGAGUCAGCUGGUCCCCAGGAGACCCUUAGGCAACUUAGGGAGCUUUGCCAUCUGUGGUUGCAGCCAGAGAUCCACACAAAGGAGCAAAUCUUAGAGCUGUUGCUGCUGGAGCAGUUCAUGAAUAUUCUUCCUGAGGAGACAAAGACCAGAGUUCAAAAGCAUUGCCCAAGGAGCAUCAAGGAGGCAGUGACAUUGGUAGAAGAUUUGCAGAGUACACUUAUAAGACAGAGCAAAGGCAACAGAAAGAAGAUACCUGAAUUGGACAACGAGGUUACAGUCCAUGAGCAGGGACAGGAAGUACCCUCGGAGAAGGCAGCACCCUUGGGAAGAGCAUCGGAAGUACUAAGCUUCCAUCUGGAGCCAGCAGAGCCCCAGCGUAUGGGGGUGUUCCAGGAAGAGGAAUUGUGGAGUACCCACCCACGACUACAGGAACCACUGAGCUGUGACCCUGAAAAAGAGCUCCAGCUGGUGCAGGAGAGGGCUCUGCCUGCUCACCAGGUUCCUGUUCUUCCUGAAGAGAGACCUACCAGAGAUUGGGAGGUGGCAUCUGUAUUCUUCACACCUGAGUCCCAGAGUCCUGUGACAUUUGAAGAUGUGGCCAUGUAUUUCUCUCAGGAAGAAUGGCAGUUAUUGGGCUCCAUUCAGAAGGACCUCUACAAGGAUGUCAUGCAAGAGACUUACAACAAUAUGAUUUCAGUAGCUCUCUUUCUGAUUCCCAAACCUGAACUGAUAUCCUGUUUGGAGCAAGAGGAAGAGCCAUGUGUCACAAAUUCUAAGGAAUCCAGUGAGAUCCCAAAAGAUUCCAAUACAGAAAUGACUGAUUUUCCUAUUUAUCCUAAUGAGGCUGAGGCUACAAAUGAGAAAGAAAAGCCUAAGGCAGCACAUCCUAUUCCCUUAGUAGUACAAGCACCAGAUAGUACUUUAUCUAUAUCUAAAAAGACUGAUGAGGAAGUUCUCCAGAGGGCAGAAUUGAAAGAAGGUCAUGAAAAGCAGCUUGGGGAAGGAAAGCCACAACAAAAUUUACCUGUAGGAAGAUGGAAAAAAUUUGCUUCCUGGAAAAAAAGUCUACGAAAACUCAUGGAGGUCCACAAGAAGGCCUGUACAGGAGAAAAACCUUUCAAAUGUCAUAUAUGUGGGAAAAGCUUCAAAGUUAGCUCUGAUCUGAUUAAGCACCAGAGAGUCCACACUGAAGAAAGACCGUAUAAAUGUCAAGAAUGUGAUAAACGAUUCCGAUGGAGCUCAGAUCUUAAUAAACACUUGAUGACACAUCGAGGAAUUAAGCCACAUAGAUGCUCCUGGUGUGGGAAAAGCUUCAGUCAAAACACAAACCUUCUUACUCACCAAAGAACACACACAGGAGAGAAACCCUUUAAGUGUCAUGAAUGUGGAAAAAGAUUCAGUCAGAAUUCCCAUCUCAUUAAGCACCAAAGAACCCAUACAGGUGAGCAACCCUAUAAAUGUAGCAUGUGUGGGAGGAACUUCAGUAGGCGUUCAAGCCUUCUAAGACACCAGAAACUCCACAGAGAAAAGGAAACAGUCAGUGUCCUCGUUCUGAAGGAAAGCUCUAAGUGGAGAUGAAACCUUAAAAGAACAUAGAUUUAUAUGAAUUUAUCAAUAUUUGAAAAAUGUUAAAAUUUAAACCCCAUUUUUCUCUAAAGAGAAUUUAAAUAGACUAUGCAAGAGGGAAUGGCAAUAUUUCUAGUACAUAAUGAGUUGUCUAUGACAAGAAAAUUCUUUAUAGGACAGCAAUACUAGGAUAGUUUCUGACAAAAUAAUAAGUAUACUAUACCAAAAACCAACUCUUCAAAUAGCAGAUGCUGUCUGAAACCAAAGAAUGAUCUUGAUACACAUAAAGUGUGGAAAUGAAUGCUGAUCAUGUAUUAGUGUUUUCUGCUACUGUUAAAGACACAAAUUAAAAUUCCUGUCAGAAAUAGUAUUUCCUAAAACAAAGGACACACACACACACCCACCUACCCACCUACCCACCACUGCUGCUGCAAGUAUACCAAUUUCGAAUUCCAAGAUUCCUGUUCCAAAUUCUGUGCAGCAGAGAUGAGUUAUGAUUUUCCCAAGUAUUUCAACAGGAUUUUCUCUUCAACGUCUUUCUCAUAAACACCAUUCACAAGACUGUCACUAUAACUUCUUGCCUUAACCUCUUUUAGUGGUCAAAUCCUGUUGGUUCAUUUUUUGCUUAUUCAGUCUGCAGAAAAAGCUGUGGAGUAAAAAAUAAGUCAGCUCUUGCAUCUCUUAACUGAUAAUUUAUGGAAUAUGAUGGAUAGCAAGGCAUUCUCCAUCGCUAAUGAAAUAAAAUUGCAUUGGAAUUUACCUCAUGAAGGAGAACUGCUGUUAGAUGUGAGGAGUAAUUUUCCAGUAAAUAUCUUGCCAGGUUUUAGAAGGAGUGCAUAAGGGAAGGUAUAGAAUUCCCUUACCUGGAAAAGUGAACAAGAGCAGCCUUACAAAAGAGAACUUUCCUAAGGCCUCAAAGAAAAAGGAUCAGCUCCAAGUCUGUUAUCUUUUAGUUAAGAUGCCAUGGGAAACUGGAAACUUAUUUAUUAUAGACAGAAUCUUGUCAUCUCUUGGCUCCAUGAUGUGGUGAGCAUUUGAAAUGUUUGGGUACAAGGGGGAUAGUUUGGCAACUGGUAUUGUUAAAAAAUGGUGGUAAGGUGAGAAAAACAACAUGUUGGUAUUAACUGUCUUACAUUAAUAAGCUCUUAAUGGACA